AUGCUACCAAGACUGGCACUACCAAUAAUUCUGCUACUCGUUGUUAUAGGUACGUUAUCAAAAGCUUGUGAUUUGGAUCAAAUGCAAUAUGGAUGUCGUAUCCAUAACGCACAGUGCAGAUGCGGUCACGGCUGUGUUUCUGAAUACAGAUAUAACAGUGCCGAGGAUUGUAAAGAAGCAUUAAGAGGUAAGCGUAGUGAUAUAUGUUCUAAAUCAAAACCUUGUUUAAAUGGAGGAUCGUGCUUGCAAAUAUCAUCAGACCCUGGAUUUAAAUGUCGUUGCGAAGGAACUGGUUAUUACGGACUACAUUGUGAUAAACCUUGUCCUGGACCAAACAAUCAACGUUUUCGGGGGCCGUUUCCUUACGAGUGUGUUGUGAUCUAAUUCGCAAUUUAUCUUCUUUUCAUCUAUUAAAAAUCAAAUACAUCUAGUAUGUU